AUGGUUGUUGAAAAUAAAGAUGGAUAUUUCAAUGAUAAGCAGGAAUUAACAAAAAAUCAAAGUACUGCUCAUACUGUUUGCUCUGGUUUAAACAAUGUUAAAAUCAAACCUGAAAAAUAUGAUGGCAAUACUUCUUGGAUAGAUUACUUGGCACACUUUGAGAUGUGUACCCUAGUCAAUAUGUGGUCUGAACACCAGAAAGGUUUGUACUUGGCCGUGUCACUGGUUGGACAGGCUCAAGCAGUCCUUGGUGAUUUACCAAAGGAAAAGAGACAAAUAUUUUCAGACCUAGUAUAUGCACUGGAGGAACGCUUUGCUCCAUCUUGUCAAACUGAACUGUAUCGUGUACAAUUCAAGGAAUGUCGACAAAAAGCAAGCGAGACUUUGCCGGCCUUAGGUCAGUCAGUUCGAAGACUGUCUAAUCUGGCCUACCCGACUGCUCCGUUAGAAUUAAGGGACACGCUCGCCAAAGAACAGUUUAUAAAUGCACUAGUUGACUCCGAAAUGAGACUGAGAAUUAAACAGUCCCGUCCAAAAGGUCUUAACGAUGCUGUACGGUUGGCAGUUGAGCUUGAAGCGUAUAAGUCAGCUGAGAGCAAAACACUGAACAGUAUAGGUCAUUUACGACAGACUACUAGUGACGAACGGACAGACACACCUGAUAGUCCUGUUACGGCUGUAUCUAUGGGACAAUUAACGACAUGGAUGCAGACGAUUAAGAAUAAUUUACUGGCCUUAACAAAAGAGAUUAAGGAUUUAUUAAAGUCCCAAAGAAAGUUCCAACGGGGGAAGAUAGAUAACACACACAGUAAAGGGAAAAGGGGUGGCCCUUGUUUUAAUUGUGGAGAAAUAGGACAUUUCGCGAGAGAUUGUCUCCAUAAUAUUCAGAUACCAAGUACGGACGGAAAAAAUAAGAAUGAUUUUAUUACGGACGGUACGGUUAAAACACUAAAGUCUGAACUUACGUCUUCAAAUAAUGACAAAGGCGCUGUUGUUGUUUCAGCAUCAGAGAAUGCAGGAAUGUUUGUUGAGCUGAGCAUUCAAGGUGUACAAGUCAAAUUUGUGGUUGAUACUGGAGCUACACUUACUGUAGUUUCUACAAGAGUGUAUGAUUUAAUUCCAGACUUGUGUAGGCCACAUUUAAAUGAAAAUAAGUCACAGAUUAAGUCCGUUUGUGAUAAAUAUUUAAGCCUUAAUGGAAAGGGUAGUUUUAUACUUGAUUUUGGUAAAGAGAAGUUUAUAUCAGUGGCCGUUGUAGCUGACCUACAAGUCGAUGGAAUUUUAGGUUUGGACUUCAUGAAGAAAAAUAAAUGUCUGAUUGACGUGUCUGCUAACGUAUUACACAUCGAUAACGUUAAGGUCCCCCUAUGUGUUCAAGGUACCCAAAUUAGAAAUGCUGAAGUUCAGAGAAAACAAUGUCGGUUAACAUCAGACACACAGUCAAAAAACGGACCGUGA